GUCGUCAUUGCUUUCACUUCCGGCGGACCUUCACUUCUUCUGGAGCAGCGCAAGUCAAGCCUUGCCGGCAAUUCACUCCUCCCCACUCUCCUGCGCUCCUUUCUCCAUCCUCAAUCCCUGCUCCACGCGCUGCCGGUCUCACCUGGCGAUGCCUUUCACUCCUCUCGCUCGUCCGUAAUAUCUCCUUUCAUUCUCUGUCGACUGUCGCGCAACGAUGGCGCGGGACACUUAUUCGCAGCGCUCCCUCGGGACCUUGUCUCGCCGCAUCAGAGAGUCGCGAGUGCUUCUGGUCGGCGCCGGUGGCAUCGGAUGCGAACUGCUGAAAAACCUCCUCCUCUCGGGCUUCGGCGAAAUUCACAUUAUCGACCUAGAUACGAUAGAUCUGAGCAACCUGAACCGUCAGUUUCUCUUUCGCUUCGAGCACAUCAAGAAGUCCAAGGCAUUGGUUGCGAAGGAAGUGGCACACAAGUUCAACCCGAAAGCGAAGCUGGAGGCCUACCAUGCGAACAUCAAGGACACCGAAUUCGGCGUGGACUGGUUUGGCAAGUUUAACAUUGUAUUCAAUGCGUUGGACAACCUCGAUGCCCGCCGUCACGUCAACCGAAUGUGCCUGGCUGCGGACGUGCCGUUGGUCGAGAGUGGGACGACGGGAUUCAACGGACAGGUGCAAGUGAUCAAGAAGGGGGUGACUGAAUGCUACGAUUGCAACUCCAAAGAGGUACCCAAGUCGUUCCCCGUUUGCACUAUCCGCAGCACCCCGAGCCAACCCAUUCAUUGUAUUGUCUGGGCUAAAAGUUACCUCUUUCCUGAACUUUUUGGGAUCAGUGAAGACGAAACACCGGAGCUCGAUAACACGGAAGAUAGCGACAAUGCGGAAGAAAUCGCGAACCUCCGGAAAGAAGCUCAGGCUCUCAAAGAAAUCCGCGAAUCCAUGGGAUCCUCGGAAUUUGCCCAGCGGGUGUUUGGGAAGGUCUUCAAUGAAGACAUAGACCGGCUACGUGGGAUGGAGGACAUGUGGAAAUCCCGCGAGCCUCCCACGCCGCUAGAAUUCGAGAAGGUGCAGACCGAGUCCGCCGAUGUUCAUCCCAGCGUAUCCAAUGAGGAUCAGAAAGUAUGGUCCUUGGCGGAGGAUUGUGUCGUUUUCAAAGACAGUCUGGAUCGAUUGAGUAAACGUCUAAAAGAGCUCCAAGAGUCAUCGCAGGGCGACACCAAGCCCAUUCUCGUUUUUGACAAGGACGACGUCGACACCCUCGAUUUCGUUACCGCCAGUGCCAACCUGCGCGCCACGAUAUUUGGAAUUGACCCGAAAUCGAAAUUCGAUACGAAGCAAAUGGCCGGAAACAUCAUCCCAGCGAUAGCUACCACAAACGCGAUGACCGCCGGUCUUUGUGUCCUCCAGGCUAUGAAGGUCUUGAAUAAUGACUACGAACAUGCGAAGAUGAUCUUCCUCGAACGUUCGGGCGCCCGAGCGAUCAACUCUGACUCCUUGAAACCGCCGAAUCCCAACUGUCCAGUGUGCUCCGUUGCCCAUGGCCGACUAAAAUUUGAUCCCGAACGCGCCACGAUUGGCAAUCUCGUAGAAGACAUUCUCCAAUCACAACUGGGCUAUGGCGAGGAGGUUUCGAUCAGCACCGAGCAGGGGAUCUUGUACGAUCUAGACCUCGAAGACAAUCUUCCCAAGAAACUGUCCGAUCUAGGAAUCAAAGACGACACUUUCAUCACGGUGGUUGACGAAGAGGACACGGAACCUCGCGUGAAUCUGGAACUCAUUGCCGCUACGGAGAAAUCCGAAACACCAGAUGAGCAGAAGGCCGUCUCCCUCGACAAAGUCCCGGAGAUCCCGCGUCAACCGAAGAAGCCCGCCCCUGCUCCUGAUGAAUACAUGAACGGGCACGCUCCCGCCGGCCGCAAACGUGAUGCCGAAACAGCAGGUCUCAGUAACGGCGAGGGUGACCGCGUCAAACGCGUUGCCAGUGUUUCUGUCGUCGAGGGCGACAGCAACGGUGACGGGGCGCAUCCAAUUGUUCUAGACGAGGCGCAGAACGGAGGAGCCAUUCUAAUCGACGACUGAAUGAUGCCACAUGAGACAGAUCUAGAGGAGUAUUUGGAAUAAAUGGGAGGUGUUGUCUUACAAACUCUCUCAAUCUUAAAGGGAUCUUCGGUGCAAGGUCUGGGGUUGGUCGGUCGGUCGCGUUGGGUUAUUCUCUCGCUCUUCUUUUUCUAUUAUUAUUGUUCUAUCUUUCUUGUAACAUACAUCAUGAACACGAAGUCUGCUCAGAAUAGAAU